GGACUCGAAGGCUGCGUUGCGUGUUGUUUUGCUUUUGCCCGACGAUAUCUACUUCUCGUUAAUUUGCGGUAAAUAGUGUCGCGCGAAGUGAAACGAAACUUUGUGAGAAAUUUUACGUUUCCGAAUAAUUGAAUAUCCGAAUGUACGAAUGUAUCGUGAACGUUACGAAAUCGAAUUUGCGUAACCUAUUGUCCGGCACCGCUGCAUCGAACGCGAGGCUAAAUCUUGUGGCUCAGCCCUGCGAUAUGUCGACGUUAAUUUUUCUCUUGUGUGCAACGUCCACUGUUUUAGUGAUUGUUUAUUAAUAUGAAAUAAAUAACGUGUACAUUUUAAUAAAAAAAAGUAACAUCUAGGCGCGAAAAUACGCAUCUGCGCAUUGAAGUUCGGCGCUCUAAUCAGUUUGACAACAGUGUCGCCUUCGAUCGAACAUAACCUACAUAACCUGUUGUUCGUGUCAGAGGAAACUGUGCUACUUGGACAGAGUUUUUAUCUUACCUCUUCUCGGUAACGCCGAUUUAGAACAUUAGAAAUGGCAGCCCCCGAGGCGAUACAAGUCAGCUCUUUACCGUUGCCUCCAGUUCAAUAUAUUAAUUUGUACACGGAUGAAAAUGUCCGUCGAGGUAGAGCACCGCGGCCACCGCCACCGAUACACGAUACUUAUUCGAUGUUUGGAAACGUAUUCAACGCGGACGACACGAUCAUCAGACCUCUCGAGGCUCAGGGAAUUAAAAGGUUAUACCCCCAACAUUUUGAUCGUCGACGGGAGUUGAAGAAACUCAAUCACUCUCUGCUUGUUAAUUUUCUGGAUUUGAUAGAUCUGCUCGUACAAUGUCCUGACAGCCCAAGGCGCGCAGAGAAAGUGGAAGAUCUUAGUCUAUUGUUCAUUCAUAUUCACCAUUUGCUGAACGAGUUCAGACCUCAUCAAGCCAGAGAAACGUUACGAGUUAUGAUGGAAUUACAACGUAGACAACGUAUUGAAACCGCGCUCAGGUUUCAGAAGCAUUUAGAAAAGGUUCAAGAAAUUUUACAACACGCGUUGCAAAUGCUGCCCGAUACUUCAGAACUGGAUUCAAAAUUAGCCAUAAACACAGAUGCUAUGCAGUCUGUUGAUAAUUUAGGAUCCGAACAACAGACUUUGGAUCCGUGCAGCGCUAGCGAUCGUAUUAUGUGCAAAGUAAUAGACGAUAUGAUUUCGUCGAAUGGCCUGUUUUGAAUAGGAAAUAUUUAUAAAUCUUUAUUUCUAACAUUUUGUAAAAACCAUUGUAAUUAUGUAUGUAACAUAUACCGUAAUGAUAAUAAUUCUAAAAAUAUAUUUAAUGUGAGUGGAAAACGCAUGAAUUAUUUACAGAAUAGUAGUAAAUGGAGGAUCAAUUUGUUCAUACAUUGUGUGUACAAAGAAAACUACAAUUCGGAUAAAUGUUCUUUACUCGAGUAGUAAUAUUUAAUAAUGUUUACAUGCUUUAAACAAUAAUAAUUAUCAAGAUUAUUUUGGAAUAUUACAAUAUAUUAAUACAUACAAACAAGUACUUAUACAAUUCACAAAUAAAUGUUACAAAACAUUUGCAUUAAAUAUCAAUUUGGAACACAUAAAUCUUCGAUAACUGUCGUGUUUACAAACUUUGAAGUUGACUGCAUAUAGAAAUAUUUUAUUUUAUUGGGCAUAAAAAAUACAACAUAUAUUAUGCAAUAGUAAUAUUUAUUAAAUUAAAUGAUAAUAUAUUCAUGAAUUUGUAUUGUUACAGAAUCUUUGUUUGAUGGUGGGUAGGAAAAGGACACAAAUUAUACUUUUUAAACUCACCUUACAAAACAGCUACCAUCAAUACAUAAAUAAUAGACAAUAUAUAGUCAUCCAUGGGCUUCUGAAAAGAAAGAUUAUAUUAUAAUCACGCCUCGUAAUUCUCCUUGAUCGAACCUAUAAAUGAUCUCUGUAAUCAAAAACCUAUUAUUUCUGUCUUGUCUUGUUAUUCUUGAGUCGCCAUACAGCAUGCAGCAUCUGUAAAAUAAAAACUGUGUAAUGCA